AUUAAUUUUACCAUUUACAUAUAUUUUACAUUAGUUCAUUUAUAGUGUUGUUUAUUAUAUAAAAUAAAUUCAAUUUGACUAAACAAAAACCGUAUUCAAUUAUCUAAUUAUUUCACAUCUUACACAAUCUUCUUAACAUUUCCAUCUCAGAAUACAAAGCAUUAAAUUCAGAUUGCAAAUCACUAUUUUCACAUUUUAAUUUUUCUAUCUCACCUGGCAAUUUACCCAUUUUAAUAAUUUGAUUUUUUCUACAUUUUCUCACCGAUCUAUUGUUUUUUUCGCGAUGAAUUAUGUAUUUUACACUUUUCUUUUCUUCUUCACUCACAUUUCUCCGCGGUCUACGUUUGUUCUGGCUUUUAACUUGAAGAGUAAUGUCACUGUAAUCUUGCAUUUGUCCUAGCGCGCACUGAUUGUUGGCGCUGUAGCCGAAUCCGGAAGCUGAUGCUCCUUGAAACUGCCAAAUGUGGUCACCGGGGUUUAAUUGCCAAGGACUUCCAGUGCCCACGCUAGCCACAGGAUGACUCUGCUCGAAGACUUGAUGGGGUCCUAAGGUAUGAACCUGAGUGCCCUCAAAGCUGGUGGCGGCUGAACUGGAGGGACUGCUGGGUUCGAGCAAGUCCCCCAACAUCUGAAUCGCCAAGUCGAAUUUCACUUGCCUCUGAGCUUGACGAUGGACUGUUGAAGAGGGCCUGGUAAAAGGCGUUGCUGGAACUCUGCUCGAGCAUGUUGGCUUCGUCCGCUGGUCUAAGAAAGUAGCCGACGCUAUGUUCUGUGGUUGAAAAAGUGGAACUGGACAGGUUUUCGUCCACAGAACCAAAGUUUUCACCGUCCAUGAUGAGUAGCGAUCUAGCUUGAUGAAUAAGAGGUUCGAAGACUGUGCGCAGCUGGCUUCUCUUUAUGUGCGUAAGCUGCUUGCUUGUGGAUCCGCAAAGAAGUGUUUACGAGGAGUUGCUCUGAAUGCUGACUGAUAAGUAUUUCUAACAAACUGCUGACUUUAUAGCCUCCAGUUAUUUCACCUUCUUCUCCCUUCCUUAUGAGGGUGGAUCCGCCCUGAGCACGUGACGGGAGGGCCUUAGAAGCGCGCGAGUGAGUAAAUUCGACUCUCCGAUCGAACAAGACUCCUGCGAUGGACCAGACACUCCUCAACGGGCAGACUGAUCCGAUGGACCAGAAUCCUCUGAUGACAGUGACGUCGCCAAUGCUUGACUUAAGCGAAAUGGAUGACUUGAGUCUAUUUUUAGACGAAACCCUGGGCAGUAUGUGCGCGCCAGAUAAUCCACAUGUGGCCUCUGUCCCGAAAGCUGCACAAGAUGACUUCGAAUUGCCGCCUUCUAGGAUCUACACGGAUCUUUCGUCCGCUAGGCCAAACAACGACUAUAACUCGCCUCCCGCAGAGUACUUCGCACUCAGCAGUCAGACUGCACCUUCGCCUCAACAGAUUUACGCUCCACCGCCUGUGGCUGAGUUCAACUUCCCAGUAGCCAGUACCAGUUUCGCCGUCCAGAACUCGGAAGUUCGGGACGAACAUGUGCCGCGCGUUCGAAAGCGUGCAGUCGGAGGCAAAGGUAAAAUAGACAAAAAUUCCCCAGAGUACAAAGAGUAUCGCUUGAAAAACAACGUGGCAGUGCAGAAGUCCAGGCGUAAAAGAGCACUCAGAGAACAGCGCAUGAUCAAUCAAAGGGACGAACUCAAACUGAGAAACGAUCAAAUGAAAUUUAAAAUAUCUCAAAUGAAGAAAGAGGUUGAGGCGCUGAAACACUUAUGUAAACGUUUUAAUCUGUGUGUUCCCAAUUUUACCCCGAUGCAAUAA